CCGGAAGCUGCGCACCGUGAGCGGGGAAGGGAGGGCAACGCGCAUGCGUGGCGCGGGAGCGGGGCUGCGCGCACCGACUGUCUCUUUUUCCAUAAGUAGCUGAAGCACAGAAGUCCCCAUCAUGGAUUUUCAGCAUCGUCCUGGAGGUAAAACUGGAAGUGGAGGCGUAGCCUCUGCCUCAGAAAGUAACCGAGACCGCAGGGAGAGGCUCCGGCAGCUGGCUUUGGAAACCAUCGACAUCAACAAGGACCCUUAUUUUAUGAAAAAUCACUUGGGCUCUUAUGAAUGCAAGCUUUGCCUAACACUGCACAACAAUGAGGGAAGUUACUUAGCCCAUACCCAGGGGAAGAAGCAUCAGACCAAUCUGGCCCGUCGAGCUGCCAAGGAAGCUAAGGAAGCCCCUGCCCAGCCUGCACCAGAAAAAGUCAAAGUGGAAGUGAAGAAAUUUGUGAAAAUUGGACGACCAGGUUAUAAAGUGACCAAACAGAGAGAUCCAGAAACAGGCCAGCAGAGCCUUCUCUUCCAGAUUGAUUAUCCGGAGAUUGCAGAAAGUAUCAUGCCUCGUCAUCGGUUCAUGUCGGCCUAUGAGCAGAGGAUUGAGCCCCCCGAUAGACGCUGGCAAUACCUUUUGAUGGCAGCGGAGCCCUAUGAAACCAUAGCUUUCAAGGUGCCAAGCAGAGAAAUUGACAAAGCAGAAGGGAAGUUCUGGACCCACUGGAACAGGGAAACCAAACAGUUCUUCCUUCAAUUCCACUUCAAGAUGGAGAAGCCCCCAGCUCCCCCAAACCUCCCUCCAGGGCCCCCAACUGUGAAGCGGCCUCCUCCACCUCCACUGAUGAACGGCUUGCCCCCGAGGCCACCUCUGCCGGACUCCAUGCCGCCACCUCCUCCAGGAGGCAUGACUCUGCCUCCUAUGCCUCCCUCUGGACCAGUGCCACCACCUCCAGUGCCACCUCAGUUGCCACCAGCACCCGGCGUACCCCCCCCUGCUCCUCUGCCACCCAUGAUGAGACCACCUCUCCCCACGGAGGGGCCAGGCACUAUCCCCCCACCGCCUCCCUCCAACUAAAGCCCCUCCUGGACUCAGUCCCGCUGGACUCCUCUAGCUCGUCUCUUUUUUUAUAUGCAGAUCACAACUGAUUCAGAGAAAUAUUUCUGUUUUGUAUGCCUGUGAAUCUGACUAAAUCCUGUAGGUGCAUUAAAAGGUUUUCCAUUUUCCUUUC